AUGGGAUUCUUAGCUUUGUUCAUGGUGGCUCUAAUGCCAGUGUUGAAGACAUUGCUAUUGACAGCAGUUGGUCUAAUACUUGCCCUAGAUCGCAUUAAUUUAUUGGGUCCAACAGCAAGGCAUAACUUGAAUAAUUUGGUAUUUUACAUAUUCAGUCCUUGUCUAAUGGGCGCCUACCUAGCCAAGACGGUUACAUUUGAUGUUAUGGUUAACAUGUGGUUUAUGCCAGUAAACAUUUUGAUCACAUUUAUAAUUGGAUCGGUACUUGGAUGGAUACUAGUCAAGAUCACCAAGGCACCCCAUAAUUUGCAAGGACUUGUUAUAGGAUGUUGUGCUGCAGGAAAUUUGGGGAACUUGCUAUUAAUAGUAAUUCCAGCAAUAUGCAAUGAACCAAAGAACCCCUUUGGUGAAUACUCAAUUUGCAUGGCAGAUGGGGCAGCCUAUGUUUCUGUUUCCAUGGCGGUAGGAGCCGUGUAUAUUUGGUCUUAUGUUUAUGUUAUAAUGAAAAUAUCAGCUGAGAAAACCAACCGUGGUGAGAGAACAGACAGCCAUCACUCCGUUGUGAUAAUAAGGUCUUGUGAUGCAGCUUCAGAAAACACUGAACCCUUACUACUUUCCAAGGUUGGGGAAACUGUAUCUAAGUUAGAAAAGAUCAAGAACAGUACAUUUGGCGUUGUUCGAAGAAUGAGAAGUAUUAAUUUACAAAUGCUAUUCGCACCAACUACAAUUGGCUCUGCCAUAGGAUUUUUUGUUGGACUAGUCCCUCUACUAAAAAUGUUGCUAGUUGGUACAGAAGCUCCUCUUCGUAUAAUAUACAGUGCUUCUGAAAUACUAGGAGGAGCAACAGUACCCUGUGUAACACUCAUCGUUGGAGCUAAUCUUCUAAGAGGUUUAAGAAGAUCUGGAAUAAGUGUAUUAUUAGUAAUAGGGAUAAUGGUGGUGCGUUACAUAGCAUUGCCUCUGCUUGGAAUCGUAAUUGUAAGUGCUGCUAACCGCUAUGGUCUGGUCGGAUCCAACCCAUUGUAUCAGUUUGUGCUCAUGCUUCAGUUUGCUCUCCCACCAGCUAUGUCUAUUGGUACAAUAGCCCAACUCUUCGAAGCAGGCGAGGGUGAAUGUUCAGUGGUUAUGCUAUGGACGUAUGCUGUGUCCGCCCUAGCCUUAACUCUUUGGUCCACAUUCUUUAUGUGGCUCGUAUUAUAA